AUGAUAUCAGAUAUUUCUAAAAAUAAAAAAUGGACAGUAAUUGGUGGUGGUGCUUGUGGUAUUGCAGUGAUUGGUAAAUUAUUAGAUAAUGGUAUAAAUGUUAAUGAUUUAUUAUGGAUUGAUCCAGAGUUUAAUGUUGGUGAUAUUGGUAAAAAAUGGCGUACAGUUUCAAGUAAUACAACAGUAGCAUUAUUUACAAAGUUUUUAAAUGCUUGUAAAUCAUUUGAUUAUGAAAAUUGUCAAAUCGAUUUUAAUUUAAAUCAUUUAAUACCAGCUGAUACUUGCAAAUUAUCAGAGAUAGCUGAUCCAUUACAAUGGGUAACUAAUACAUUAAUUCAAGAUAAAAAAGUACCAAUUAUUAAAGGUUUAGUAAAUCAAGUUUCUAAAAUAAAUGAAAAUAAUAAUAAUUGGUCAGUUUCAAUUAAAUCAUCAAAUAAUGAUGAUGAUGAUGAUGAUAAUAAAAUAAUUAAUAUUAUUAGUGAAAAUGUAGUAUUAACAAUUGGUGCUGAACCAUUAACAAUUUUAAAUGAAAGUAAACAACAACAACAACAACAACAACAAAAAGAAUUAAUUACAGUUGAACAAGUUGUAAAUCCAGAAGAAUUAAAAAAAGUUUGUAAAAAGGAUGAUGUUGUUGCAGUUUAUGGUAGUUCUCAUACUGCAAUCAUUGCAUUGUAUAAUAUUGUUGAUAUUGGGUCAAAGAUUAUCAAUUUCUAUAGAUCACCAUUAAAGUAUGCAGAAUAUUAUGAUGAUUGGAUUUUGUAUGAUAAUACUGGUUUAAAAGGUUAUUCUGCUGAAUGGGCAAAAGAACAUUUGGAAAAGAAUCCUACAAAUUUAAUUGAAAGAAUUCAAGUUGAUAAUAAAGAAUUGCUUGAAAAUAAAUUAUCAAAUUGUACAAAAGUAGUCUAUGCAAUUGGUUUUGAAAGAAGAGGUUCAGUUAAUAUUAAAUUAAAUGAAAAUCAAGAUUGGAUAAACUCUUCAAAUUUAAAAUACAAUGAAUCAAAUGGUAUAAUAUCAAAUCAUGGUUUAUUUGGUAUUGGUAUUGCUUUUCCUCAAUUUAAACCUGAUCGUGUUGGUAAUUUAGAAUAUAAUGUUGGUUUAUGGAAAUUUAUGGUUUAUUUAGAUCAAGUUUUACCACUUUGGUUAAAUAAAAAUAAAAAUUAA